AUGUUGACUGAAACUCCAUUUAGGCCAAGAGAGAAGCUUCUUGAGAAGCAGAGACUGUUCCAGAGCAUCCAUAAGCACACUUACUUGAAAGGACCAAUGGACAAGAUCACCUCUGUUGCAAUUCCUCUUGCGUUGGCCGGAAGUUGUCUCUACAUGAUUGGAACAGGAAUCUACAACAUGUCUAAUGGAAUCGGGAAAAAGGAAUAA